UUGUUAACGUUGUAACCUCUAGUAACUCUCUAACUACAUAUCACAGAAGUCGUUGGGUUAAUAUCGGUUUGACAAAGGUAAAGAAGCAAAAGGAUGGCGGAAAACUCUGCCGGGAAGCGUUUGUCAAAGAUUUUAAAUAUGGUGCAAAGUGACGAAAUUUGGAAAGAUCACGUUCGUCGUGAAAAUGUAACAGCACGGCAAAUAUGGCCAGAAACCUGGGGAUAUCUUGUGUACGAAUACAAAAUGUUAAACUGCAAACUUGCUGGGGAUCCUCCACUAUCACGACCCCAGUCCAACCAGACUCCGGAAACGUUGAAGUUACCUGUUAUACCAAAGAAGAGGGCGGGAUUUCCUAGCACAACAAGCCAAGGAAUCGGCUGGACAUCAGCAAAGAAUACAUUGCGUACCCAGAUGGUAACAAGUUUUGGAGAACAAAAGCGAGGCAAAUGUAGUAUACAGAGAAGAUUUAAGUGGCCUCACGAUGCAGUUUAAGCUUAUGACAACAUUUUUAGAUAUAACUUAAUAUGAGAUUUUAAAAAUUA